UGGUUAAUGUGUUACUGUCACAACAAUUUUUCCAGUUCCUUGUUUUCAAAUACAGAAGUUGGGCAGUGUGUAGGAGUCUUUGGUUUCGCUUAUUCAAAUGUCACCAUCACAAGGACAGUUAGUGUUCAGCAUUCACCAUUCACCAUGAAGCUUCAGAUUUGUCUAUUUCUCGGCAUGACAUUUUUUUGCGUAUCGACAGCUGAUUUCUCUCCCCCGGUGGUAAACAUCAGUCUGGACGUGCCUGCCUUUCAGCGAUGGGCUCCUCUGAAGAACCUCUAUGACAUUAAUUUCUUGAGAAAAGCUGCAUCUGAAGUGAUCGACUCGACUGUUCCCAAAUGGGUUCAUGUUGCCGUUAAACCCAUAGUGGAGGCUUUGGAGAAAUACAUCCCACAGCCGUAUGCUGGAGAAAUACAGGGCAUGGCAUCAUUCUAUGGGACUGACAUUUCAGAUAUCGUGCUGCUGAACUUUGCCUAUGAAGUAUCUGCGUUUUGCACCAGUAUUGUAACUCAGGAUACAAAGGGCAAUAUAUUCCAUGGCAGAAACCUGGACUAUCCUCACGAUGUGCUCAGAAAUCUAACUCUAGAUGUACAUUUCAUGAAAAAUGGAAAGGUGGCGUACAGAGGAACAACUUUUGCUGGUUAUGUUGGGCUGUGGACAGGACAGAGCCCCAACAAGUUUACAGUGUCUGGCAACGAACGCGAUAAGGGAUAUUGGUGGGAGAACGUAAUUUCAGCCGUUUUAUUAAAAAGUUCUCCAGUUAGCUGGCUAAUUCGAGAGACUCUUGAAGCAGCUGUGGAUUUCCAGGAUGCAGUAGUGAGGCUGGCCAAAGUGCCGAUUAUCACAGAUGUUUAUUACAUUUUGGGUGGUGUUCGUGCUGGUGAGGGUGUGGUCAUCACCAGAGACAGGGCAGGAUCAGCUGACAUCUGGCCUCUGGAUCCACUUAAUGGACACUGGUAUAGAGUUGAAACAAAUUAUGACCACUGGCUACCCGCCCCUAAACGAGACGAUCGAAGAGAUGUGGCAAUGAAAGCACUAAAUGCCACUAGUCAAACCCAUAUAAGUAUGGAUUCUCUAUAUAAGGUUUUAUCCGUGAAUCCAGUAUGUAAUUGGAUCACAGUUUAUACAACCGUCAUGAGUGCCGCCAUACCUGAGAAGUACAGAACAUUUGUCAGAGAUAUGUGUGUAUGAUGGAUUGAGCCGUUCUCUUGAUCAACACAGCUACAUUCUGAACUACCCAGAGCUUCUCUUCAUGCUUUUUUACAAUGGAAAUGAGUCUAAUUUUAAAGGGGACUUAUUAUGCCACUUUUUACAAGAUGUAAUUUAAGUCUCAGGUGUCCCCAGAAUGUGUCUAAAGUUUCAGCUCAAAAUAUCCCACAAAUAAUUUAUUAUGCCAUGUUGUAAAUGCCCAUUUUUAAUGUAAGGAAAAACAUGCUGUUGUCAUGCAUGUAUCUUUAAAUGCAAAUGAGCUGCUGCUCCCCACCCCACUUUCCAGAAGAGGGCGGAGCCUGUAAACUUGUGCCUCGGAUACUCUGCUAAAAAUUAACAAAACAUCUUUUUGGUUUUGAUUACCAUCUCUAUUGUGGCCACGCUCAUGUGACAUUGCAGUUCUUGCGGGGCUUCCCACUACUCUUCGGUAUGAGUGGGGGAAAUUUGGAACAGCUUGUUUGGACAGACUGUUUAUGAUUUAUGGGGAUUAUAAAAAAGGAGUGGGUGGAUUUUUACCAUUAUUGGCUGGUUGUUUACACACACUGUGGACACACAUCUGUGUUCAAACACCUUAUAAAAGUGAAUUUUGCAUAAUAGGUCCCCUUUAAUAUCUGUAAAGUAGGGCUGCAUGAUAUUGGAAAAAAAACUGUUAUUGCGUUAUUUUUCUGCAAUAUUUAGCCUAUUGUGUUACAAAUAAAUUUUUUUUUAAAAAUUCACUAGAUGACAACCAUUUGGAUUUAAUUAAUCAGAAAGAUUGGGGUAAUUUUGUAUGGAGGUGUAUCUGCAUAAAAAAAUAAAAUGACUGAAAAAGCUGAAAAAUGA